AUGGAGAAGGACUCCUCGCCCGCCGCGGAAAGCGUUACCCGCCAGGAAAAUCCGAUCGACACACAUGGCGGCAUCGAGAACUUCCAGAUGUACAACAAAGGCGGCUAUCAUCCUGUGCAGCUUGAUGAUAUUCUUGACAAUAGAUUUCUCGUUAUCCAUAAACUUGGCAGUGGAGGUUUUGGAACUGUUUGGUUAUGCCGCGAUCUCAAUUUGAACAAAUGGAGAGCAGUUAAGAUAAUAGCUGCAAGUCGAUCAUUUGGGACUGGCGAAGAGAAGGUAUUGAAGUAUCUCCGAGAGAAUUUCACUUUGGAAGAGCUAGAAGAGAAUCAUAUUGUGGUCCCUCUAGAAGAGUUCUAUAUCGAGGGACCAAACGGUCGCCAUCGUUGUCUUGUAAUGCCAGUUCUCGGCUCGACGGUCUCGAUCUGGCGAUUGUUACAAAUCAAUCACAAAGAACAAACCGGUAUAGACGCAAAGAUCGUAUGCCGCCAGAUCAUCGAGGCUCUAGAUUUUCUCCACAGGCACGGAAUUUGCCACGGCGACUACAGACCAAACAAUAUUCUUAUGAAGGUCGAAGGCAUUGAUGAGCUCGAUGAGGACCAAAUGAUAAACUUGAUGGGAGAACCAAACUGUAUUGACAUUGAGACGAUGUCAGGCCAAUCUCCGGCACCUAGGGCUCCUGAGUACGCCGUUUUACCUGCAGUCAUGAAUAUGGAUUGGUUUAAGGCUAAAAGCACUAUGACAGUUGCAGUUAUUGACUUCGGUGAGUCAUUUUUCGUCAAAAGUCCUCCCAAAUCAACCGGCAUCCCGAAUGAAUUCGCCUCUCCUGAAGUUUUAUUUCGAGGAUCUCAGACCCUAGGACUUCCUAGCGAUAUAUGGUCAUUGGCAUGUACGCUUUUUGAAGUUCGGACACGUACCCACUUAUUUCCACCAGGUGGAUGGGGGGUGAUAGAUACAGUCAAAGAGAUAGAAUUCAUUCUAGGACCCUUACCUCUUCCUUAUCGGAGAGUAUACGAAAAGAAGUACCUAGAGAAGUAUGGGAAGGGGCGCGAUGAAGAUGAGCAAAAUCCAUCAAAACCAAUACCCGAAUAUGGAGAAAUAUUGAUAGGUCGUCGAUCUGCUAAGAGGAGUGAGUUCAUCGAAGAGAGCGGUUAUGCAGACAUAUUUGAAGCCAUCUUAGGAGAAGAACGCUUCGCAUAUGACGACGAAAAGUCCCAGAACAUAACCUAUCGAUAUCCCCGAAAUGAGGUUAUAGAACUAGCUAAUCUUUUACGGAAUAUGGUGAAAUAUGACCCAGAUGAGCGUAUGAAAAUCGGCGCAGUCCUUUCACAUUCUUGGGUAAGAGCAGAACCACCAAGCACCAUUCACUCCAAUUCUGUACCUUUGUUCGCUAUGAUCACUUGGGUCAUGGAUCAACGAAGCGAUGUCGAGGUUAUUGAUAAUUGGGAACUCAAACCAGAAGAGUUAAGCGAACCACUAAAGCAACUGGCAUUGCAUCUAAACCCAUAA